AUGGACACGAUAAGUGAUCGACAUCACCGAUGUCUGUUCGGAUGGGUUCAUGUAUCAACAACCAUCCGCCUAAUCCUGGCCUAUUUCGUCGUGUUCAAUGUGGGAUUAGGCCUUUUAGGCCUUCCAUGGUUCAGUAUCUACAUUGGCCUUUUCGGCCUGCUUUUAUGCUUUUUCACAUGUUUUCAUGUGUACAAAAAGAAUGAUAGGAUGAUGUUUCCCUUCUAUCUUUAUGUGCUUUUCACAAUAUUCUAUUUACUAUUUUUGGGCGGAUAUUUUUUCUUUGUCAACAUAUUUCAUAAGGAAAUGGUCAAAGAAGCCCUUGGCGACCAUUCCGACUCAAUUUCCUUUAUCUGGCAUUUUGCUGAUAUCGUCCUGAUAAUGGUCCAUGCUUGGGCGCUUAGUGUUGUUUCAAAGUGUCGAAAAUAUUUCCGAUGGGUCGCAGAGGGUGGUCAAAAAGGUCGUAUUGGCGAUGGGAAUCUCUUAUAUGGAUUAGUUUAUCUAGCUAUAGUUGUAAUAAGAUGUGAUUUUGUUCAGAUCUUCCAAUAUCGUCCAUGUUCCCUUUCAGAUUUCACAGAGUGA